GCUUUGUGCUUGGUCCGACCCGCCGCUGCCCCACGUGCGCAGCCGGAGCCGCUCUCUCGCGUGGCACGGAGAGAACGCCAUGGAUUAAUAUCGGUGAACUAAAACAAGUCCGAAUAGUUCUCCGCCAUGCUGUUCGGGAAAGAUGUGCCGUGGCGGCGUUUGGAGGGCAUGUCGUUUGGCAUGUACUCCGCCGAAGAGAUACGGAAGCUGAGCGUGAAGACGAUCACCAACUUCAGGUUCCUCGAUGCAGUUGGGAACGUGGCCCCAAACAGCCUCUACGACCUGGCCCUGGGACCAGCAGACAGCAAAGAGGUGUGUUCGACCUGCUGUCAGGACUUCAACGCGUGUCCGGGACACCUGGGACACGUGGAGCUGCCUCUGCCUGUGUACAACCCGCUGUUCUUUGAUAAACUCUACCUGCUGAUACGCGGUUCCUGUCUGGCGUGUCACAUGCUGUCGUGUCCCCGAGCAGCCAUCCACCUGCUGCUGAACCAGCUGAAGUUGGUGGACCAUGGAGCCAUGCAGGAGGUCUACCAGAUCGAGAAUGUUCUCAACCAGUACCUGGAGGAGAAUAACAAAGCCUCUGGAGAUGAGAUUGAGAAGGUGCUGUCGGAGUUUACAGACACAAUACUUGGAGUGAACACGGAAGCCUCUGGGAUCACCAAACCAAUUAAACACCUUGUUGAAAAGAAGAACAGUCUGAUAAAUGACUUCUGGACUAUCCACAUGAAAACAAGGAAAUGUCCGCUGUGCAGUAGUGGCAGGUCUUGCGUGCGUCGUGAGCACAACAGCAAGCUGAUUGUCACAAUGCCGACAGGAGUACAGAACAGCGACAAAACUGAUGAUCUGAUAGCUGGUAAGAGAGUCUACAUGACCGCCAGUACGGCCCGGGAACACAUCACCCAGCUGUGGGAGAAUGAAGGUUUCUUCCUGAAGUGUCUGUUCUCUGGGCUGGAGGAGUCCACGAUGUCAAAGGAGAAAUGUUCCUACCCUGACCUCUUCUUCCUGGAGCUGCUGGUGGUCCCACCUUGCAGGUAUCGUCCAAUCAAUCGAAUGGGUGACCAGAUGUUUACUAACGGACAGACGGUCAACAUGCAGGCUGUCAUGAAGGACUCUGUAAUCAUAAGGAAACUUCUGGCUCUCAUUGCCGGGGAGAAAAUCAUUCAGGAAGAAGAGGCUGUUGAACAGAGUGACCAGACGUUUCUGUCGGGGAUCCCGGGGAAGACAUUGACGGAUAAGCUCUACAACAUCUGGAUCCGACUACAGGCCCAUGUCAACAUUGUCUUUGACAGUGACAUGGACAAAUUGAUGACAGAUAAAUACCCUGGAAUCAGACAGAUCUUGGAGAAGAAGGAUGGAUUGUUCCGGAAACAUAUGAUGGGCAAGCGAGUGGACUACGCUGCACGAUCUGUCAUCUGUCCAGACAUGUACAUAGGGACCAACGAGAUAGGAAUACCUAUGGUGUUUGCCACCAAGCUGACCUACCCUCAGCCCGUCACUCCGUGGAACGUGAAGGAGCUUCGCCAGGCCGUCCUCAACGGGCCUAACAUCCACCCCGGCGCUUCCAUGGUGAUAAACGAGGAUGGCAGGAAAACCAUCCUAUCAGCCACCAGUCUUGCACAGAGAGAAGCGGUUGCCAAGCAGCUGCUGACACCCUGUCCUGGUCCACAUAAGAUACCAGUGAAGAUAGUGAGUCGCCAUAUAAAGAACGGCGACGUUUUGUUACUCAACAGACAACCAACUCUGCACAGACCCUCCAUACAAGCCCACAAUGCCCGCAUCCUUCCAGGAGAGAAGGUAUUAAGGCUCCACUAUGCCAACUGCAAGGCGUACAAUGCUGACUUUGAUGGAGACGAGAUGAAUGCCCACUUCCCUCAGAGUGAGCUGGGCAGAGCAGAGGCCUACACGCUGGUCAGCACUGACCAGCAGUACCUCGUCCCCAAGGAUGGUAAACCUUUAGCAGGUCUGAUCCAGGACCACAUGGUGUCAGGAACGAGGAUGACGAUACGUGGCUGUUUCUUCAGCCGAGACCAGUACACCGAGUUGGUGUACAGAGGACUGACCGACAAGCCAGGCAGAGUGAAACUGCUGCCGCCGGCCAUACUCCGACCUCAGCAACUGUGGACAGGAAAGCAGGUGGUGUCUACGCUGCUGCUGAAUGUCAUCCCAGAGAAAGCUGUGCCUCUCAACCUGGUUGGCAAAUCCAAGAUCCCCAGCAAGGCGUGGAUCCAAGUCCCGCCACGUGCCGCUCCGGGAUACAGACCCGACAGCAUGUGUGACUCGCAGGUGUUGAUUCGUCAGGGGGAACUGCUGGUGGGCGUUCUGGACAAAGCUCACUACGGCUCCUCAGCCUAUGGUCUGGUCCACUGCUGCUAUGAGCUGUACGGAGGGCAGACCAGUGGCAAACUGCUCAGCUGUCUGGCUCGCCUCUUCACUGCCUACCUGCAGCUGUACAGAGGCUUCACUCUGGGUGUGGAGGACAUCCUGGUGAAACCAGGCGCCAACAAGCGAAGGAAAAAAAUUAUUCAAGAAUCGCUACACAUUGGCACCAAGGCCCUCAAGGCAGCCUUCAACCUGCCCGCCAACAUGGAUCAAGCUGAGGCUCAGGGCCGCUGGCAGGACGCUCACCUCAACCCAGACCAGAGGGACUUCAGCAUGGCCGACCACAAGUUCAAAGAAGUGGCCAGCCAAGUAAACAAUGACAUCAACAAGGUGUGUAUGCCUAUCGGUCUCCACACCUCUUUCCCAGACAACAACCUUCAGCUGAUGGUCCAGUCAGGAGCCAAAGGGUCUACUGUUAACACCAUGCAGAUUUCCUGUCUACUAGGCCAGAUCGAGUUGGAGGGCCGCAGGCCUCCACUGAUGCCCUCUGGGAAAUUCUUGCCAUGUUUCCAACCAUACGACCCCGCACCGGGUGCCGGGGGCUUCGUCUCUGGAAGAUUCCUCACGGGCAUCAAACCCCAGGAGUUUUUCUUCCACUGCAUGGCUGGCCGAGAGGGACUGGUCGACACAGCCGUGAAAACCUCUCGAUCAGGAUACCUGCAGAGAUGUGUCAUAAAGCAUCUGGAGGGCUUGGUAGUGCAGUACGAUCUGACGGUGAGGGACAGCGAUGGCUCCGUGGUCCAGUUCCUGUACGGCGAAGAUGGGCUGGACAUCCCCAAGACUCAGUUCCUGCAGCCCAGACAGUUCCACUUCAUCGAGGACAACUAUGAGGUCAUCCAGAGGUCCCAGGGCCUCGACAAGAUCAUGGCACGUUUGGACCCUCAGGCUGCCAGUCAACACUUUGCAGCAAUCCAGCGCUGGAAUGCAAAGCGAGAGGUGGCAUGUCCACGGAGAGGAGCGUUCCUGUUGUUUUCCCAAAAGAAGUUGGCCAAACUCAAACAGACUACACUUGAGCUUGCAAAUCAGUGGUACUCCCUGGAUGAAGCCAGCAGAUCGAAAUACAGCAGGAAGACCUCCCGCUGCCCCGAGCCCUCUCUGAGCUCGCUGAGGCCAGACGUCUGCUUCGGAUCUGUGUCUGAAAACUUCCACGGCAUCUCCGAGAAAUAUCUGCAGGACAGAGGCGCGACGGGUCAAGACCGAGUUGAUACCCACAGCCUUCGCCAGCUGCUGCUCUAUAAAUGGCAGCGUUCACUGUGUGACCCGGGUGAAGCGGUUGGCCUGCUGGCCGCUCAGUCCAUAGGCGAGCCCUCCACCCAGAUGACCCUCAACACCUUCCACUUUGCAGGCAGAGGAGAGAUGAACGUCACACUGGGAAUACCUCGACUAAGAGAGAUCCUAAUGGUGGCCAGCUCCAACAUUAAAACUCCGAUGAUGAGCGUUCCAGUACUCAACAACAAGAAAGCCCUGAAGAGGGCCAAGACGCUGCGGAAGAAACUCACCAGGGUGUGUCUGGCUGAGGUCCUGCAGAAAUUGGAUGUGGUGGAGUCACUUCAGGUCGAAAACCACCAAAAGCAGCGGCGGUUCAAAGUGGCCUUCCACUUCCUGUCUCCUGACCGUUACUGUGAAGAUAAGCUGCUAACGCCCCAACAGAUCCUCUACUACAUGGAAACAAGGUUUUUCCGUCUUCUCCUCGAAGCCAUUAAGAAGCGCAGUGCCAAGCUGGCCUCCAUCGCCGUGGAGACGAGGAAGGCCACACCAAGAGACAAAGACAAUGAUGGCGAUGGAGAGGCUGACACGGCAGGGUUAGACGAUGGGGAUGGGGAAGAGAGAGAGAUCGUUGAUGACCAGGGGAACGAAGGAGACGCCGAUGCUUCAGACGCCAAGAGAAAAGGCAAACAGGAAGAGGAGGUGGACUAUGACAGCGAGGAGGAGGAGGGAGGCGACGACGACAGUGAAGAUAAAGACGAUGCAGCGCAGGAAGAGGUGGAGAAAAGGGAGGAGACGAUUCAGGAAGACUCCCAGACAGAGUUUGCGGUAGUGAGACCGGAGAAGAAGAAAAGGAAACAAGCAAAAGGAGGAGCAGGAGAAGAAGAGACCAUGAGUCAGAUGAGAGUCAACGCUGUUCUGCAGUCCCACCCGGCGAUAGAGAGAUACUGCUAUGAUCAUCAGCAUGAACUCUGGUGUGAGGUGGACCUGCUUUUACCCGUCAGCAAAGUGCACUUCGACCUGACCUCGGUCCUGUCGACGCUGGCCCAGAACGCGGUAAUCGUGGAAACCAAGGGCCUGACGCGCUGUCUGCUGAGCGAAGCCACAACAAAGGCUGGAGAAAAAGAGACGGUUCUCAACACAGAGGGCAUCAACAUGCACGAACUGUUCAAGCACAGUGACAUCUUGGACAUCAACAGACUGUACUCCAACGAGGUCCACGCCAUGGCUAAUACCUACGGGAUUGAAGUUGCUCUGAAGGUCAUAGAGAAGGAGAUCAAAGAUGUCUUUGCUGUUUAUGGUAUCGAGGUCGACCCCAGACAUCUGUCUCUGGUGGCGGACUACAUGUGUUUUGAAGGCGUAUAUAAGCCCCUAAACCGGCACGCCAUCCGAUCCAACUCUUCCCCUCUACAGCAGAUGACCUUCGAGACCAGUUAUAAGUUCCUCAAACAGGCGACCAUGCUGGGGUCACACGAUCAGCUGGUGUCGCCCUCAGCCUGCCUGGUGGUGGGGAAGGUAGUCAAAGGCGGAACAGGACUGUUUGAGCUGAAACAACCGCUGCAGUAGGAGACGACAGAAACCUCGUGGCCUGAGUGGAAUGUGCUGCCUCAAACCCCUAUAACACACUUCACUUCUAUGAACAAUAAACCUUUUUCUUUUUCAAUCAAAGUUACUGGUUAAAGGUGACAUAUUAUGAAAACUUCCCCUUUUCAGUGUUUGUGCACAUACAUGUGUGUAUCUGAGGAGCCUGCCAGCCCACAAAUUGUCAGAUUUCUCUGCCACUGUAAUGUCACAGUCGGACUCUUUUGGGGUAACCCCGCCUGCAAUCCGAGAAGCUCCACCGUUCUGGUGAAAAAUGACAUUUCCUACACGGUUUGAAAGCGAUUGACCAAUCACAACAGACUGGGCCAGAUGGCCAAUCAGAGCAGACAGGGGAUUAUCGGGAGGCGGGGCUAGAAGAAAUCCAGGUGUUUCAG